AUGAUUGUUAUCUUAACCAUUUUAGGGUCCAUCUUCCUCCUCUACUUAAUCCAGUGGAAAAGAACUCCUCGAACCCUCCCUCCCGGCCCGGAUCCUCUCCCUCUCAUCGGCAACCUCCAUCAAUUCGCCCGACUAGUCCCCUUGAAAACAUUUCAUGACUGGCAUAAGAAGUAUGGAUCGAUCGUUGGACUCACCCUCGGCCCCAGGACCCUCGUUAUCCUGGGCACCCAUGCCAUCAACAAAGAGCUCCUAGGAGGCAAAGGCCAAAUCUACAGUUCUCGCCCGUAUAUGCCCUUGGUGACGGACCAUAUGACCGGUGGUCUGAACACGGCCUUGAUCCCCUACGGGGAGAGAUGGAAGACCCACAAUCGGAUUCAUCUCGCGCUGUUGAACCCCCGAAUGGCGAGGCUGUACGAGGGUCUCGUGGACUUUGAAUCCAGGAGGCUAUUGACUGGAAUCUGCUCGACCAAGGACUUCUCCACUGUCAUUUAUCGCUACACUGCGAGCUUAAUUUUGUCAUUGCAGUAUGGCAAGUCUGUGGAUGUGAAUGAUCCGAUGUCGAGGGAUUUCAAGGAAAUCACCCACAAAUUCGUCAAAGCCAUCGGGGCCGGUAACUUUCUGUUCGAAUGUCUUCCUGCGCUACAGCGGAUUCCGCCCUCUAUAGCGCCGUGGAUUAAGGAGAGCCAGGGGUUGCAUCAUUCUGCGACAACUCUGUUUUCUUCGAGCGCAGAGAAAGGCGUCAAUGCGAAAGAGUGGAACUGGUCAAAAUAUGUGCGCACCCUGAAAGAUGCACAUGGGAUGCCAGAGGAAGAACUCUGGUAUCUUAUGGGGAUUCUCUAUGAAGCGGCGACCGAUACUAGUGUGGCCAUCCUGCGAUUCUUCAUUAUGGCGUGCGUUUUGCAUCCCUCUGCGGUAGAAAAAGCGCAGAAAGAGCUGGAUUCCGUGGUCGGAGAUUCCCGGUUGCCCAAGGAAGAGGACAUGGCGCAGCUACCACAUGUGAGUGUCUUCAUUAAUGAGGUUAUUCGGUGGCGCCCAGCGACGCCAGAGGGGAUUCCCCGUGCGACUUCUGCCGACGACGUCUACCAGGGGUACCAUAUCCCGAAGGAUACAACGGUGAUCGUCAACAUGUGGGCUAUGCACAUGGAUCCCAAUGUAUACGAUGACCCCGAAUCAUUCCGUCCGGACCGAUGGAUUGAGAAACCGGAUUUGCCGCUGGGGAUCUUCGGAUACGGCAGGAGAGCGUGUGCGGGUCGUCAUUUUGCCCAAACUUCGUUAAACUCGGUUGUUUCGCGAAUGCUGUGGGCCUUUUCCUUCAGUCAUAGCUACGAGAAUGGGCGUCGCGUUGAAAUCGACCCCUGGGAUUUGGAGCAGCAUGGGGCCAGUUUGAGACCAGGGCCGUUCUCUGCAGACAUCCGACCCCGGGAUGCAAGUCGUCGGGCAGUUUUGGAGAAGGGGCCUAACGUUGAUAGGGGUGUUGAAGAGCUUCUUACUCAAGUAGACAAGGAGAUCAGUUAA